AUGGGCAAGCUGAUGCUCUCCAAUACCUCGGCUGUCCCAUCUUACACAGCUACUUCUACUGUCGCUUCAGACACAGGUGCUGCUGCCACUACUACCACCCCCACGACUACUACCGCCAUUAUAACAGAACCCACGACCUCCAGGGCUGCAUCAGGUGGUUCGGAGCGCUCGGAUUCCAAAUCAUUGGUUGUUGGCGUUAGCACUGGUGUCGGGCUGGUCAAGUACAUGCUGAGCGGUCGAAUGCGUGCUCCUCCUGCUGCCGCACCGGCAGAGCUUCCCUCAAACCAAGUUCCGAGAGUGUUCGAGAUGGGGACGGGAGGUUAA